UAGCAUGCUAAGAAAAGCACACUCUUUGAGUUAAUCAAAACAAAAAAUAAAAACAAAAAACAAAGCCAUGGCCAAGCUUAGAAUGAAUGGCAACAAGAAGAAGAAUGGCAUUGUGAAGCUUAAAAUUGUGGUAGAGAAGCUUCAAAAGAGUCUUUUAAUGGUCAAGAAACCGGCCUGCGAUGUACCCGAGGACGUGAAAGAAGGGCAUUUUGCAGUGAUUGCAGUGGACGACGAUGAGCUCAAGAGGUUCAUCAUUCCACUGAAUUAUCUGACGAACCCUUCAUUCAUGAGGUUGUUGGAGCUAGCAGCAGAAGAGUACGGUUUUGAUCGGGAGGGCGCUCUGACGGUUCCGUGCCCACCAAGGGAGCUCGAGCGGAUACUGGCGGAGCAGUGGGCGAAAGAGGACAGAGAAAACAGAGUUGCUGGUGAUAACUGGGGUGGUUCCUCUAAAACCCUAGUGAAGAGCUGCUAGGAAACAGAUAGAACAAAGCUGUUUUCAUUGAUUUAUAAUUUCAUGAAAACACUGUUGCGUGCAUUGUAAUUUCUAUUAGAAUAUUUUAUUGAAACCUUUUACAUUUUUACAUUUUAUGUUACUUUUGAGAAAUUCUAUUUUCACA